AUGGCCGGCCGAGGCGUGACCGGAGAGGCGACCAUGGCUGUCGUGUCCCUACCGCCGAGCCCCACACGCGCCGUAGACGGGAUGAUCAUGGCGCUCCCGAGCUCCGACGAGACGCCGCCGCGCUGCGUUAGCCGCCACGCAUUGAGUCCUUGUGCGUUCCCAGAUGAUGGUUACGGCGUGGUCGGGAUGGAGGCGGACGCGGACGCGGAUGAGGAGAUGAUGGCGUGCGGCGGCGGCGGUGGGGAGAAGAAGCGGCGCCUGAGCGCGGAGCAGGUGCGCGCGCUGGAGCGGAGCUUCGAGGUGGAGAACAAGCUGGAGCCGGAGCGCAAGGCGCGGCUGGCGCGCGACCUAGGCCUGCAGCCGCGCCAGGUCGCCGUCUGGUUCCAGAACCGCCGCGCCCGCUGGAAGACCAAGCAGCUGGAGCGCGACUACGCCGCGCUCCGCCACUCCUACGACGCGCUACGCCACGACCACGACGCGCUACGCCGCGACAAGGACGCCCUCCUCGCCGAGAUCAAGGAGCUCAAGGCGAAGCUGGGGGACGAGGAGGCAGCGGCGAGCUUCACGUCGGUCAAGGCGGAGCCGGCGGCCUCGGACGGGCCUCCCCCCGUCGGGGUGGGGUCGUCCGAGAGUGACUCCAGCGCGGUGCUGAACGACGCGGACCCGCCCGUGCCGGAGGCGCCGCCGGUGCCGGAGGUACAGGGUACUCUUCUUGACGCGCCCUGCGCCGUCGCCAGCGCAGCGGCGGCGGUGAACCAUGGCGGGGUGUUCUUCCACGGGAGCUUCCUGAAGGUGGAGGAGGACGAGACGGGGCUCCUGGACGACGACGAGCCGUGCGGCGGGUUCUUCGCCGUGGAGCAGCCGCCGCCGAUGGCGUGGUGGACCGAGCCCACGGAACACUGGAACUGA